AAACAUUGCAUGACAGAGCGAAAGGGCGAGUGGGUAACCCUCACAACCUCAUGCCACCUCUCACUCUCGUCUUAUAUAAGGGUGAUCACGGCGACUCCGAAUCACUUGUCUCUCAGCACACGAACAAUACAGACAUGAAGUUUCUGGUGGGUACAAAAAAAAAAAGAAAAUACAUAAAAAGAUAUUAAAACAUUACUUCAGUCUUUUCUUGAUUUUGAAAUAUUGAAUUUAUAUUUCCAACGUGUAUGUGCGUAUUUGUGGAUUUAUUGGACGGAUAUGGUCAGUAUAUCGUGCUAUGUUAUAUAACGUAAGGUGCAUGUAUAGUUUUUUAUAUACUCCGAUGACAAUUAAAGGUGUAUCUAAAUAGUGUGUGAAAAUGACAGAUUAAUUGAUUUAGCAAGUGUCAGUAUCUUAUAUCAUGACCCGGAUAUACAUACAUACUCGAAUACAUUCUUUAUACUAUAUUCUUCCCCAGACCAUAGUACUAGUGAGUGUUUCGGUGGCGUCGGCGGCUCCCCAGGAAGGGUACAACUACCAGGCUCCUACCGGUCAGGGGUCCCAGUUCUCGUCAGGGGCAGGCCAGUUCUCCGGUACCGGUUCUGGACAGUAUUCUGGAAAUGCGCAGUUUGCUCCGGCGCAGUACAGCUUCCAGUGGGAUGUCAACAAUCAAGCCUUUGGCAACUUCUACGGCCACAAAGAACAGAGAGAAAACGAUUACACCGAGGGGAGGUAAGUAUAAGGAGAAACUACAUUAUAUAAUAUAGUCGGGAAUUUAAAGAAGCAAGACAUGAAAUCCAAAAUAAAGGGAAAACAGAUAUACUGAAAAAAAAUUAAAUGAAAAUAAAUAAAAGUGGUGAAAAAACUAAGUGAUUCAAUGUAGAAAUUAUUCAGAUCUCUCUAAAAUCGACACCCACGCUUCUUAUAAGAAAGGUAAAGCAAACAGUAUCCAUAGCACCGUAAGAAUCACCGGAAGGAAAGUGGAAUUAGAGGCAGAAAAGUGCUUUUCAGAGGAAGUGAGGGCAGAGCCAAUGAUGAAG